UAACAUUCUUUUUCCUACAGAUAUUUUCUUACAUAGAGGCAUGAUUUAUCUUCAUUUCUUCACCGUUUCCAGUUAGUUUCACUUCAAGACUUUGAAAAAGAAUUCGAAAGCGCUCAGUCUUUUCUCUUCACUACUUUUUUCGCUGUACAAUUUCUCUUUGAAAAGAAAGAUCAGAAUAAAUUAACAACUAAAUUUAACAAACGUUAAAUUACUUCUCUAGAUGAUUACUAUUAAUAGGUGCCAGGAACGGGGCGUUAUCCCUUCAUAGACCCUCGGUCGGUUUUGACAACGUUAUCUAUUCUUUUGUAUAUAUAAUAAAAAACCAUUCACUUACUUGACAUAUUAAAUAAUUGUUUUCUUAACUGAAGUAACUAUUACCAUUUUUUGAUACUAAAAAUUUGACAUUUAACCGACAGACGAUAGACCUGAGUACUAAGUUUCUGCAGAAUAAAUAAAAUGCCUUUUGGUGUCGGUCUGCUUGGUAGUUUGAUCGUUUUUACCAAACCCUUCUCAACUAAAACUCUGUAUCUUAUCAGCCUCUAAAGCUGAUGAUCAGUUAGUCUACAUAAGUGUGCAGGAACUGUUGUUGAGGAUUUUGUGGUGAAACAGUUUUAAUUUUAGGUGUCUGGUUUCAAGACGGGCUGCUCUGUUAUUGAAUCUCUCCUACAGUCUGACCUAUCAUUCUUCUACAAUCAAACAAACCUUUAUCUCUUAAAGUCAUACAUGACAUAUUACAAUGACAUAUCCAGCGUAAUAGCAUUGAAUCCAUCUAUAACAAGCAGAUUCACUCAACUGUCUACAAUUGAUGAUAUGUUGAAAGAGUUAUUUAUUGAACAAUGGAACUCGAAUGUUUCUUAUGAUCAAUAUUAUGCUCAAUGUGCACCAGAUCAAUGCAGUUAUAUUCAGACUGUACAAGGCAAUGCCAUUUAUAUUGUAACAACUAUUAUUGGACUGGUCGGAGGAUUGCUCACAGUACUACAGGUAUGCGUACCACGCAUCAUCACAUUUAUUAGAAGGACACUAUGGCCAUGGCUGAGACGAGAACAAAAAGUGAAGCCAACGAUCAUCACGACUGAUCAAUUCACAUCAUAAUAUCAUUAAUAUUUUAUCGAACGCAUAAGUGUCUCAAAAAUAGAUGUUGUUCCAAAAUAAGUGGUUUAAAAUUACUCUUACUUUCUGUUAAAAUAGGGCAGAAAACGGACAAUUCUCUAUGAAAAGAUGUCGAAAACCGGUCUGUUUCAAUCGCUUUUUCUUACUCUAA